AGCAUAGCACAGCAUAGCACAGCAUAGCACAGCAUAGCACAGCACAGCACAGCACAGCUCAGCACAGCUCAGCACAGCGCGACCCUUCUUGUAUUUCUCUCCUCUCCUCUCCACUCCUCAUCACUGCCGCCUAUACUUCCAAUACAGAACAAAUAGACUCUCAACAAAUCCGAGUCCAAUUCCAACCCCAUCAUUGGCGCUUUAAAUAAAUCGAGGUCACCUUGAUCCCACGUGACCGAACAAGUCCCGACGGGACCAAGUAAACAUCCACCGCCAAUCACAACUUGACCGCCGCUCGUUCGGGUUCCAUUCAGGUUCAGGUUCAGGGUCUUCCCCAAAUCCAUCCAUAUCGACUCCCAAAACACACAUCACUGGCCUGACUUGGCCUGACCGGACCGGCAAGACAGUCGAAACUACGUCACAGACUAGACGCUGCAGUAUCUGCCACCACCCCCUUCCCUCCGCCCUCCUCUUCUUCUCUCCUCUCCUCUCCUCUCCUCUCCUCUCCUCUCCUUCCCUUCCCUCGAUAUGUCGACCCUUAAUCCCAACACAGCAGUUCCUCCUCCCUCCCAAGCCUUUGUCGAGAGAGGAUACGGCGGUGCGAGCAGCAGCUCCCGAACAAACCUAGGCACAGGCACAGUUGCUGCCACAGAUUUCGGGUCCGCACCCGGAUAUCUUGCGGAAGCUUCCCCUUUAGCACAAUCCGCAAGCCAAGGAAGGUUUAAUGAGGAGUGGGACGCAAGCCAGCGAGGUAGCUCAAUAAUUGACGGUCCAAUGCAGCGGUCCAACUCUGUCAUGUCGCAAGGCGACACCCUGAUUCCCUCUCGUGGGGGAACCUUGAAGAAGAAGGCAUCCUUGCGAAGGACGGGUUCCAUGAAGAGGAGCUCUAGUCGCAGAAGCUCGAGAGCUGGCAGUGUUCGCAGUCUUGCCCUUCAAUCCGCUGGAGAUGCCGAUGAAACACACAGCGCCUUCUACUCUCCAGUUCCCACCACUGGCAACCCAACCGAGAUACUCGCAAACAGAUUCCAAGCCUGGCGCAAAGUUCUCAAAGAUCUGAUUACCUAUUUUCGAGAAAUACAAACUAGCUAUGAGCACAGAUCAAAGAAUCUCCUAAAGGUUUCCAAUGUGAUUAACAAUACAUCAGCACCGACCAUGUUCUUGGAGUCUGGGGGAAUAGAUGAUGCCGUCCAAGUACUCCGCAGUUAUCACAGAAUCGCAAUUGCGGAGGCCAACAAAUCCAAAGAGAUCGAAAACGACGUGAUCAUGGCACUAACCGGCUUACGGAGCGACCUAAACCAGAAGAUUAAGGAGAUCAAGGGCCUCUCAAGCGACUUCAAGAAUUCUGUGGACAAGGAAAUGGAAACGACGCGUCGAGCUGUCAAUGAACUACAUGAAGGCUUGGGACAGUCUGAUAUGGACCCUGCUCAGAUGACUGGCAGGAAGGACCCGUAUUUGUUGAAGCUUGCAGUGGACCGACAAAUCGAGAGCCAAAUUGAUGAAGAAAACUACUUACACCAGGCAUACUUGAAUCUCGAAGCAUCUGGAAGAGAACUAGAAGCCAUUGUCGUAGGCGAAAUUCAGAAAUCUUACAACGCCUAUGCUGGAAUCCUGAAGCGCGAAGCAGAUGCAGCAUACAAUACUGCAGAUGAACUACGCACUGGCCCGAUCGCCAUGCCUAAGGACCAUGAGUGGAACACUUUCGUCCAGAAGGACGAGCAUUUUGUUGAUCCGAGCGUUCCUGUUCGACAACCUCAGAAUAUCCAUUAUCCUGGUCGUGAUAAUGAGCUCGCUCAGGAAGUCCGCGCUGGUCUACUGGAGCGAAAAUCUAAAUACUUGAAGAGCUACACCGCUGGCUGGUAUGUUCUUUCCCCGACUCAUCUCCACGAGUUCAAAUCCGCAGAUAAGGCUCAGGCGCCUAUCAUGUCUCUUUACCUCCCAGAACAGAAACUUGGAUCGCAUUCCAACGAAGGCUCUUCUUCAAACAAGUUCAUCUUAAAGGGGCGGCAAACUGGUUCCAUGCACCGUGGUCACUCAUGGGUUUUCAGAGCGGAAAGUUACGACACUAUGAAUGCAUGGUAUGAGGACAUCAGAGCGCUCACCGAGAAGACUCCUCAAGAACGCAAUGCCUUUGUACGCCAACAUGCCCGAAGCAUAAGUGGUACAUCGCAGAGAGCUGGCUCCAUCAGCAGCGAUGGUAUAAUGGACGAAGAAGACGAAGAGCCCUUCUCUGCCUCGAAUGCGGACGUUGUUAGCACAGGACCGAAGCAAGCCGAAUUGCCCAAACGUCCCCAGCCAGGUGGGAGAUUCCCAUCCGAUGUCAAUUUGUCUCGAGGCUUACAGGCUCCUCUUUCCCCCUCUAGCGGAAGUUCCGGAGUCGAAGACCGUGAUGUAGUUGCAGCUGCUGGAAAGCUACCGGGCAGUGCUAUGCAUCAAUAUGGCGAUACUGCUUCCUCACCGACACACGGAGCUUAUGUUGACCAGCAAGCGAAGGAAGACGGUGUGAAUCCAUAUACAAGUCAAAGAAUGAGCCAGGAUUUAGGACGGGGCCGAUCCGACAAUCGAUUUACCGUGGGGGAGAUGGCUGCUGCUGGUCUAGGCGGUACCGUUGCUAGGGCUGUCGGAUCCGAACUUUCUUACAAUCGCUAUGAAGAUGGUAAAUUUAACGAUUUCCGCCGACAGCAGGAAGAACAAGCUGCUCGCGAAGCUGCCACAAUUGCUGCCCCGGAUACAUUCGAGCAACAAUCCGAGCAACAAGCUGCGCAGGAAGCUGCUAUUUAUGCUGCACCAGACAGCUAUCUGCAAAAGUCCGCACCCGACGCCAGCUUCAUGUCUGGUGCUCGCAGCCAAGGCGAUGUCACCAGUAAAGGAGCGAUUGGCUCAGAGACUAAUCCAAUUGAGAAAGUUCUUGAACCAUUGACAGAAAAUGGAAGGCCGUCCUUGGCUGCUGGCCAGAAUCAUCAAAGUGUGCAGAGUGUUUCCCAGCUACACGUUCCUGGAGAAUUUCCCAAGGAGCACAACAAGACGAGCCCAGUCUAAGAGGGGUUCAUUUGUGAGUAUGUGUAUAUAGCUAUAUAUAAUAUGCUACUAGCUAGCGCGAGGUGCAGGACUAGGCUGCUGAGAUUAAUAGAUAGCUAUGUAGAAGAUAAUCAAGUGAAAACAAAAAUAUAGAGCGUCGUGGUUGAAAG